AUGGUGCGCACGUCUCGCGCGGCGUCGACCGCGGCGUCGUCGGCGAACGGCGACGUCUCGCACGUGACGCGCGGGACGGCGGUGACGCGCGACGCGACGGCGCCGCGCCGCGAGACGGCGACGGAGGCGUCCGAUACACGACGGGUUCGCGGCGCGCGCGCCGGUGGGUUCGUCUGGGGGCGCGUCGACGCGGUCGGCACCGCGGCGGGGUUCGAGCCGGGGAGGUUUCGGUCGACGCGCGAGGCGCGCGCGACGACGACGCGAGGCGACGGUGCGGCGACGGAUUACAUGGACGAGGACGAGCGCGAAGAAUACGAGAGCGUGACGCUGCGGGCGAGGGCGAGGUACGAUACGUUCGGGGAGGGCGCGCGGGAGGCGCACAGGGCGAUGGCGUGGGAUCGGGGGGGGGCGGGGGGGUCGGCGAGCGAGACGCUGGCGCGGUCGGCGGCGGUGACGGAUUUGUUCGUCGCGCCGCGCGAGGACGCGGUCGGGGCGCGGUUGUUGCGGUGCAUGGGGUGGCGACGAGGGCGCGUGGGCGGCGGGACGGGCGGUGGGGUGGCGGUGGACGAGGACGAGACGCCGGCGUACGUCGCGGAUCCGAAGAACGAUAGGCGAGGCGUCGGGUACGACGCGUUCGCGGGGGCGGAGGAGUUUCGCGACGCGGCGACGCGGCGGAAGCGCGAGAUGGAGCGGGAGAACGCGGGGUUGACGCGCGGGCGCGCGCGGGGGGAGGCGUUCGGCGUGGGGGUGUUCGAGGAAGAGGACGAGGCGCUGUACACGGAGGACGAGCCGAAAUUGAACGAGUACGCGUUUGAGAUGGAGGAGGAGGAGGAGGAAGACGAGUCGACGCGCGAUCCGAGGGCGCGCGGGAAGGGCGCCGUGCUGGCGCUCGGCGCGGCGUUACCGAACGAUUGUCUCGUGCGCGGGUUUCGCGUGUCGAGCGACACGCUCGCGCCGCCGAAAUGGUUCGCGCCGCCCGUCGUGCCUCGCGACUUUCGGCCGCGCGCCGCGGCGACUUUGAAGGCGUCGAUGAAGGCGAGCGCGAUGGCGGCGUCGCAGCCCGAACUUCCACCGAAAGCGCCGCCGCCGGCGAACGAGGAGCGUAAAAAAGUCAUCGACACUCUCGCCGCGUUCGUCGCCAGGCACGGGAAAACUUUCGAGGACAUGGCCAAGGCGCGGCAAGGCGAAGACGACGAAAAGUUUUCCUUUCUCUUCGGCGGUAGAGAUUCGGGAUAUUACAAAUGGCGUUUGGCCACGGCGAUGAUCGAACAAAACUCCGAAGCCGUGGCGCCACCCGCACGCCGCGCGCGACCGCUCGGAAUGGAGGAGCGCGCGAGAAUUCUCGGUGAGACGCCCUUGCCCGCGCGCGCCGGCGGCGGGGCGACGGACGCGCCGGCGCCGGCGCCGGCGCCGAGGCAAAAGUUGAGCAUCGACGGCAUCGCUGCCGACGAUCGCGAGCGCAUACAAAAGCUGUUGAGCAAAACGUUCACGUCAGGUGGCGUCGUGCAAACCGCCAAGGUUGAGAAAGUUGGUCUGCACGUCCUCGAGAAGAGCGCGCCGAAGCCCGCGCCGAACGAGGAGGAAGCGGCGGCGCGCGCGGACAUGGUUUCGCGCAUGCCCAUCGUUUCCGCGCGCAACACCAUUGACUGGGCACCUGAACCACUGGUGUGCAAACGAUUCGGAAUUCAAGAUCCGUUCGCCAACAGAGCGCGUCCGGAUACUCAAGAGUAUAAAUUCCGCACCGACGUCUUGGCGCUCGACGCGACGAGCGCCGCCGCGCUCGCGAACGCGCCCAAGUAUCUGGACGUGCCCCCACCGCCGUCGGCUGUACAAUCGACGACGCGUGCUAUUCCGCCGCCACCUCCCCCAUCGUCGACAUCAGCGCCGCUCCCACCGCCGCCGCCGCCGCCCCGCGCCGCGACAACGAUGGUCGAGGUGCCCCCGCCGCCGCCGUUUGUCGAAAAGCCGAUGGGGCUGUUCAAAGCCAUCUUCGAAAACUCAGACGACGACGUGGAAGCUGAAGAGGAAGCGAACGAAACGGAAGCGGACCUGGACGCCAUCAAGGCGGCGCUUUCGACGCGAUCGGACCCGGCGCCCGUCGAGGAGAAGGCUCGGCAGACCGAGGGACCUUCAUGA